UCCACAUCAUGGCGGCCAAAUGUUUUCAUCGGCAACCAUCUGAAUAGCAAUAUUUUGGUUUUGAUACACUGAAAUAUUGCCAAGUCCAAGCACUUAUAUUUAUUUUGAAAAUGUAAGAUACUAAUACUAAUUUAUUUACUUUAAAAUAUCGUUAUUUGCCUGCCAAAUUUUAUAUCAAACAAGGAAAUGAAAAUUAUAAUAUUAAUAAAAUAACAAUCAAUGAGGCCCUUUUAUGUUAUGUCUUGCCUUGCCUUAUAUUAUUUAUUAAAAUAAUUAUUAUCUUAUCUUAAAAGAAAAUGGAUUAUUCACAACUGCCUACUUAGAACCGACUGACAGCCAUAGUUAUUUAUUGUAUUCAUCUUCCCACCCCAAAUCAUGAAAAGACUCCAUAGACCAUACCCUUUUCCCAACUUUUUAGACUACAUCAGUCAGAUAAAGUCAAAGACUUUUUAUUUUUAGUGAUAGUGCAAAUGAAAUGAUAGACUUCUUUGGCUCCAAAUCUUAUCCAGUGACUGCCCGCCCUUGUUUUAGCACUCAAUCAUAUCUGCACAAUUACAUGUAAUGAGGCUUUUAAAUAUUGUUUUUAAAAAAAAAAAGGGUCAAUUCAAAAAUAAUCCUUACCUACAAAUACAGUGUCACUGAUUUUCUGGUUUCCAGUCAAUGAAGUCAAACAAAGCCUUUUAGUUCAGAAAAUCAGAAAUGUUUCUCCACAUUAUCGCCCAGUAGAUUGCUGCAUCUGUCAGCAUACAGGUGGCCUGCUGCACUGAAUAACUGCUCACUAACCACGUUUGGGGGUUGGUGCAGACCAAAAAAAAUAUAACAAAAAUAUUACCAUGUCCUUAGUUGUUGUUUUUUCACAAAUCUGUUUACCUUUGCCUAAGCAUAAUUUUAUUUUUGGAAAUAUUGGACAAAUAGGUCAUCAUGCAGCUGUGAGCAGUGUUUACAGAAGAUUAGUCAUAUCAUACUAUGAUAGCAAGACGUUGAGCAAUAAUGAAUAAACAGACAGAGUGCCAUUCAGACUGGGGAUGGCUUGUUUUAUGCAAUAUCCCAAAGAUGUUCACUGAUUUCUGGCAGACGACAGAAAGCCUAAAUCACUUUUGGCUGAAACCAAAAAUCAACAGAAAGUUAACUUUUCUGUUUUGGCCGAAAUCAAAACUAUGCCUAAAAUGAUCAUAUGGCAACUUUUGUCGUUAAACCAGAACUUUGGUCAGCCUUUACCUACCACCCUAACAAUGUGAUUGCCAAAAAAAUAUUUGUGAAGAAUCAUCAUAUACUCCUUGCAGACCCUGACACUAAGAGGGUAUCUCACCCCCUCCAGUUAUUGUCUUUAGAGGGGAUACAAAUUUAUAUGACCUGGUUCACAUUCACCUUUGGGACUAGACCAUGUUCUAUAAGUCAUUGUAGGAUUUGUCCCUAUGUACUGAAAACUGAACACAAUAGCUUCCCUUAGGGGACCUUGACUAUCAAAGAGGGCUUCAUAUGCAUUAGUUGAAAUGGGAACAUGUCAUUCCUGCUAUAUAAAUGAAAUGGAAAGAAGGCUAUCUGGUAAGUCAUUGAAUAUUUUCAGGAUAUUGAACAAUGAAGCCACCCCUGGUCUCAUCCCAUUUUUAAUGGAGGUGAACACAAGAGCACAUCAGGUGUAUCCAUCACAGAUACAUAUCUUUUACAUUGAAAUUGAUAUUACUAUUAGAACACACCACAUAAUAAUGUGGGAGGAAUGUUUUGGUUUUGAACAGUUUAACUUCCAUUUCUAACAAUAACAAAGAGCACUUUCUGUACUGAACAUUGAGCUUCAUUGACUUUAUUGAGAUUUUGAACAUAUUAUAAAAAAAAAAAUUAAUAGCUUACUUUUAAUUUAAAUUAUCUGUUUUUUCUUGUUUUGUAUUGUCUACUCAAAAAGGCAUCUAGUCGAAACAUUCAUUUAUUUUCCUGUAUUUUCUUUUCAAGCCAAAACAUGUCUUGUUCCACAAUUUAUUUAAUUCACACAGCUUGAACUUGAAAGCAGUCACUCAUAUAUUAUCCUUUAUGAUUCAAAUAGGCCUAAUAAGUUCAGUGGCUAAUAUUAAGUAUAAUAUAAAUAUCAACAGGCAGCGCAUAGUUUAACUAUAAUUUUGAUCGAAAAUUAAUCAAGGUGGCCAAUUAUCCAAUAAUGUCAAAUUUUUUUCAGGGCGAGCAGCAGUGAAAAGUGGCUGGAUGCUUACUAUGAUCCAGUUGCUUCACUGUACACAUUUACACAGUGUCUUACCCUGUCAGAUAUUCAAGCUGAUGGAGACUGGAAACUUAUUGUUGCUGACUUGGGCACUGGCAGCUAUGACAUGAAGCUGAAAGUUUACAAAAGUCAGUAACCUGUAGAGAACUUCUUAAUAGAUGCUUAAUGUUUCAAAGGGUUGGGAGUUUUCUUAAAUUUAAAAAAGUGAUUAGUAUGUUUAAUUAAAUUUUUUAUGGUGAAAAUUUGUUUAAAUGCUUUGACUGAUGUCUGGGCAUUGUUAGAUGGUAUGGUAAGAAUUCAAAUUUUCUCCCAAUAAAAAAAAUAAAUAAUUUUCUUCAGAAAGUGCAAAAUAUUAAAAGAGAAAAUAACUUCAUUUCCUUUUUAUAAAUGUUUUUUUAAUCAGAUAAUAGAGCAAAUGUGUGUUGGGGUCAGUUAAUAGAUGGUAUAGUUUUUUUGUAUUUGUAAUACAAAAUGAAGGAAAAUUAUACAUUUUUACAUGUCAGACAAGUUUGUUUUUUAUUUUGUAGACACAACAUUGAUGAGUGAGCAUACCAUCAUUGACUUACCAACAGGAGUUGUCACCUUUUACAUGGACACCCUGACACCACGCACUCCAGGUAAUAAAAAAAUACUUAUUUUGUCAUGUAGCUUUUUAGAAUGAAUUCAGUAUAAAUGAUUAAUAUUCCUAGCUAUUGUGCCUUAAUUUGAUUAUUGCAUGAUUUGCGUCAUUUUGAUAUUGCAGCUAUAGCAGUUGCCUCUGGUCCAUAUAUUUACGUGUACAAGAAUUUACGUCCUUAUUUCAAGUUUACACUGCCCCCACUUGAAAUCCAUCCAGUGGAAGAAGAUUUAUGGAAUCAAGUUAAGGAUGUAUGUAACUUGAUGCACUUAGUCUGAGCAAAAUAUUUACAUAAAUUGAUGAUUUAAUUACAUAUUCAAUACAUACCAUAAUAAGUAAUGUAGAAAAUGAAAGACAUUGUUUAGAGUUGUGAAAGACUGCUCUUUGGUUCAGUUACUUAUUAUUUUUUUCAAACUGUAUGAAGUUUUAAGAAUUUAUGCUUAAAUUUCAGUGCUAUUCUAAAGCUUUAAAACAAAUGACACUCGUAAUGCUUACUUUUGAUGAUCUAAUGUUGCUAGGGAAAUUUUAGACAAUCAAGUUAGAAUAAAUAUGAUUCAGUUAACUUGGUUGUCUAAAAUUAGAAUAAAUAUGAUUCAGUUAAGAUACCAGUUCUUUUAAUAGUCUAGCGAUCCCUUCUAGUUCUAAUUAUAUCACCACUACAAUUAAAUACUCCUGAUUCAAUUAAUUAGUGCAGAUAUGAAAUAAAUGCAAAUUCAACUAAUUUUUGUGGACCCCUGAAAGUACGGCUUUGUAAAUCCACAAGGAUAAAUGGACCACACUUACGGACCCAAUGUUCUUGAAAUCAAAAUGUAUUUUUUCUGUUUUACUUUUGUGGUCUUAUCUGUUAUCCUAUCUAUUCAAUAUUCCAAUCUGUACUUAAGUGCCCUGUUGUUGAAUAACCUUUAAUUUACCUUCAUCUCAGGAACAAGUCAAUGUGCACAGUAUGCGGGAAAUGUUGGAAACUUUGAGGUAUUUACUUUUGACUUUUUUUUUUGUGUAAAUUAUUUUAGUAUGUUCUUAAAAAAUAAAAAUAAAUUCUAUCGUCCAUCCAAUGUGAUAGAAUAAUUAAAUUAAAUAUUGAUAAAUUGAUGUUCUGGGCAACUAUAGUCUGUUUCAUUAAUGGAAGACAUCACACAGUUGACUUUAACCCAUCCAUUAUGUCUGCUGCCAAGCUUCUAUUGGUUGUCACUGUUCCCACAGUAUUAGUUGGGAUACCAUCUGUGUCAUUUUCUGGUAUUAGAGGUUUGAAGAUUCUGGUUUGUGUUCACAGAAGUCCCAUUAAAUUUACAUUACAUUAAAUUUGGUUUUUGUGAAUGUUUUCAGUCUUUUGCCCACACUAGUACCAGUGUCCUUCUAUCUGUCGUUAAGUUAAAGCACAAAAUGAUUUUUUUUGUUGUCUCAUUAUUUUUUAAAAUCAUAGGCAAGAAGGUGCCGCUUUAACAGUCCGAUCUUUGCGUCUGCUUCAAAUGGAUAUCGGCAAUGUGCAGAAUUUUGUCAAUCUCCACAAACACACACCUCUUAAAAAACAGGUUUGCUGAUAUCUUUAAAGGAUGGAAUAUCUGUUGUUUCUCAUUCAGUUUUUAUGGCAACAAGCUGCUUUAUAAAAACCCACAAAGAUUGAGUACAAAAUAAGUAUCCUCUCUUAGUACAAUUUAUGUCUGAAUAGAAUACUUACAUUAAAAGUAGAUUAAUGAAAUCACUCAUAAAAACUUAAUUCAAAUGAUUCUGUUAGAAUUGCUUUUUGGUAUACAUUAAAAACCUUUAUUGAUCAUACUAUGAGCUGGUUAUUACAUCUGAAGUAAAUGGAAUAUAAAUAAAAUCCUCCAUCCCCCAGACUUUUUAGGAGAAAUGGAGCCACCUGAAAUCUGCUGUAAAAACAUUCUUCAUCCACAGACUGUGAUAACUUGUCUGGCUACAAUGAAGAAAUCUGUUGCUGAUGAAGAUGCCAUCAGUUGUCUGGUUCUUGGAACUGAGAACAAAUCAAUCUACAUUCUUGAUCCUGAGGCAUUCACAGUCUUAGCCACGGUAACAACUCUUUGAACAAUUAUAAAUGAGACUAAGAGUCACUUAUUCACAUUGUCUAAUAAAUUAAUUCAAACUCUGGCCAACUUUAACAUGUCUCACCUACAAUAAAAACACAUCUAAAUAUAAACCACUCCUUAGACUUAGUUCCAAAUAUACAUACAAGGUUGCUUCUAUAGGAGUUUAAAUGAGAGUAUCAAAAAAUUUAGAUUGUAAGCAUUUUCUUUGCUCCCCCCAUUAUUACAUUAAAUAAAAUAAGCAUAUGGGUAACAAUAUAUGAAACAAUAUAUAAAACUUAAUCUUUUUUGUGAAUAGGUUGAGUUUGGUUAAAUGUAACAGUUUAAAAAUUAUUAGGAUGAGUGUGGUUUUGAAUGUAAUAGUUUAGAAACUAUUAGGUUGAGCGUGGUUUUGAAUGUAAUAGUUUAGAAAUUAUUAGGUUGAGUGUGGUUUUGAAUGUAAUAGUUUAGAAAUUAUUAGGUUGAGUGUGGUUGAAUGUAGCAGCUUCUAUUGAUAGAGCCAGUGAAUAGGACAAAACAUAACAUAAAAACUUCACAAACUUUAUAUUUAUUUUUUCUCUAGAUGAACCUACCAAAUGUUCCAGUUUUUCUAAGUGUUAAUGGAUUAUUUGAUGUAGAUUAUAGAAUUGUUGUGUCUUGUCGCAAUGGCUGUGUUUACACAUUAAAGAGGUGAGUACGAUCAAUGGUAGAAUAAAUUUAUUCAUUUUUUUAUUUCCUUCUUAAAGAUUUUUACAACACGUGUAACAAUUCAGUAUGUUGCCUCCAUUUUGUGUGCUAUCAUGUUUCCUCUCUGGAUGAACCAUUCCAACAUAGUUUUCAUUCGAAAGCCAGUUUUUAACUUUCUGUUUUAUUGCAUUAAUGCCAAUAAUUAGCAUAUUUGUCUAAUUUAUUUAUUCAUAUAAAGCAUAUUCAUCCUUGCUUUAUACUACAGAGGCUGGAUACUUAAAGAUCAACAUUUUGUUAUGAAGUUAGCUUUAUCAGUAAACAGAAGUGCACUUUCAUUAGCAAUUCUUUAAAUAGUUUUAUUUCUGAAAACGUGACAAUCCCUUCAAAUGUUCUGUUGCACCCACAUACUGAGCUAUUUAUAAAUUGCGGUAUUCCCAGAGGCAGCACUGAUGUGACGAGGAACAUGAUAGAACUGAACUCUCACCCUGUCGGCAUGGAGAGAGUCAACAAAAACAUUUAUGUUGGUUGUAUGGAUGAAACUUUGCACUGUUUCACAUCAAAGGUACAAGGUGUAUUUGAGUCCAGUAAAUAUUAAUUUGCUUACGUCACCAAUAGUAUAUUGACAGCUGGGCAGUUACUCCCUGUCAAAGAUCCAUGGAGAAUGUCAAUAUGUUUAAACUGCCAUUAUUAAAAAGUGUGAGUCAAGUUUAAUAUCCUGUCUUUAAGUGGCCCCAUGGAUUGUGCGUCUUGCCAUUGACCCAAGCUCUGUCACUAUCUUCAAUGUAUUUUUUGUUCCAUUGAUGCUCUCAGUGAUUUAGUUAAUGAGUCUUUGAAAUGGUAAUUUUACAGCACAAAUAACAGUUAGUCAUUUUUACACCACAUUCAAUUUUUAUUUACAUGCAUGAUUCACAUUAUAAAUAUUUAUUAAAUUGAAGAAGAAUGUGAAGUGAUGAUUGUGAAAAUUAAUUUGUUUUCAAUUCAAUCACUGAUUCAUAUUUGUUUGUUCAUCUUUAGGGCAAGAAACUUUGGACAGUGAGGCUGCCCGCCGGCAUCACCACUAUUGAAGCUAUUGACUACAAGCCCAAGAGCUUCACAGCCGUCCUGGUGGCUCUCAAUAACCAGGAAGUCCACAUCUAUAAAGAGAAAUAUUUGGUGGACAUUAUCAAAAUGGAUGACAUCGUCACGGGGAUGCGAUUUGGAAGAUUUGGCAGGGAGGAUGGGACAUUAGUCAUGUCAACAAAGCGUAAGUCUUAUUAAAGAAGUCAUUUUGUACUUAAUUGACAUGAAAGAUUUUAGAAAUCUAAAAGUAGAGAUUGAAUUACAAUUGAAUGUAGAGUUGUUUAUUUUUGUAUAUUUAUGUGAAGUGAGACAUUCUCUAUCUAGCAUACAUAAUGAACACAGUUUAUUGUUAUCCAGUUAAGUUUCUUGUUCGUCUUAGAAUGAAUGUUUCAUCUUAUAAGGAUUUUAGUCUUAGAAUGAAUGUUUCAUCUUAUAAGGAUUUUAGUCAUAGAAUGAAUGUUUCACCUUAUAAGGAUCUUAGUCAUAGAAUGAACAUUUUAACUUUAAGGGAUGUUAUUCAUAGAAUGGAUGUUUCAUCUUAUAAGGAUGUUAUUCAUAGAAUGAAUUUUUCAUCUUAUAAGGAUGUUAGUCUUAGAAUGAAUGUUUCAUCUUAUAAGGAUGUUAGUCUUAGAAUGAAUGUUUCAUCUUAUAAGGAUGUUAGUCUUAGAAUGAACAUUUCACCUUAUAAGGAUGUUAGUCAUAGAAUGAACAUUUUAAAUAUAAGGAUGUUAGUCAUAGAGUAAACAUUUUAAAUUAUAAGGAUGUUAGUCAUAGAAUGAACAUUUUAACUUAUAAGGAUGUUAGUCAUAGAAUGAACAUUUUAACUUAUAAGGAUGUUUGUCAUAGAAUGAACAUUUUAAAUUAUAAGGAUGUUUGUCAUAGAAUGAACAUUUCAUCUUAUAAUUAUGUUAGUCGUAGAAUGAAUGUUUCAUCUUAUUAGGAUGUCUUGUAAAGUUUAAACAGUUGGUGUUACUUUUACUGUUUUGAAAAACUUAUUGUGACAUCAAAAAUUCCUUCAUGCAUGAAAAGUCCUGAAAGAUUAUGAUGAGCUCGAAAUUAACUCAUACUCUUCUUACACUGCAACUUGUGGUGAGGAUUCUGAGGUCCAAGACUAAACAUGGUUAAUUAAUUAAUUAAAAGUUCUAUUUUCAAGAAUAUGUAUGUUUCAGGUGGAGGCUUGUAUGUUAAAAUUUUGAAGAGGACAGCAAAAUUUGAAGAGAAAGAUAUGUCAGCUGGCCCUCCUGCAUCACAGAAUGUUAAACUGAAUGUUCCUAAGAAAACAAAAUUGUUUGUGGAUCAGACACAGAGGGAGAGAGAGAAUGGAGUAGGUGAGUAUUUGUGACAACAAUUAACCAGUGUGUUUUUAAAGAGAGCUAAAAAAAAAGUAGAGCAUUGUUUGCAAGGAAAGUGACAAAAGUAGAGCAUUGUUUGCGAAGAAGGGAACAACUGAAGGUAACAAUAGUAGACCAUUGUUUGCAAGGAAGGGAACAACUGAAGCUAACAAUAGUAGAGCAUUUUUUGCAAGGAAGCUAACAAUAGUAGAGCAUUGUUUGCAAGGAAAGUGACAAAAGUAGAGCAUUGUUUGCGAAGAAGGUAACAACUGAAGGUAACAAAAGUAGAGCAUUGUUUGCAAGGAAGCUAACAAUAGUAGAGCAUUGUUUGCAAGGAAGGGAACAACUGAAGGUAACAAAAGUAGAGCAUUGUUUGCAAGGAAGGGAACAACUGAAGGUAACAAAAGUAGAGCAUUGUUUGCAAAGAAGGGAACAACUGAAGGUAACAAAAGUAGAGCAUUGUUUGCAAGGAAGGGAACAACUGAAGGUAACAAAAGUAGAGCAUUGUUUGCGAAGAAGGGAACAACUGAAGGUAACAAAAGUAGAGCAUUGUUUGCAAGGAAGGGAACAACUGAAGGUAACAAAAGUAGAGCAUUGUUUGCGAAGAAGGGAACAACUGAAGGUAACAAAAGUAGAGCAUUGUUUGCAAAGAAGGGAACAACUGAAGGUAACAAUAGUAGAGCAUUGUUUGCAAGGAAGGGAACAACUGAAGGUAACAAUAGUAGAGCAUUGUUUGCAAAGAAGGGAACAACUGAAGGUAACAAUAGUAGAGCAUUGUUUGCAAAGAAGGGAACAACUGAAGGUAACAAUAGUAGAGCAUUGUUUGCGAAGAAGGGAACAACUGAAGGUAACAAUAGUAGAGCAUUGUUUGCGAAGAAGGGAACAACUGAAGGUAACAAUAGUAGAGCAUUGUUUGCAAAGAAGGGAACAACUGAAGGUAACAAUAGUAGAGCAUUGUUUGCAAGGAAGCUAACAAUAGUAGAGCAUUUUUUGCAAGGAAGCUAACAAUAGUAGAGCAUUUUUUGCAAGGAAGCUAACAAUAGUAGAGCAUUUUUUGCAAGGAAGCUAACAAUAGUAGAGCAUUUUUUGCAAGAAAGGUGACAAAAGUAGAACAUAAUUUACAAGGAAGGUAACAAAAGUAGAGCUUUGUUAAGAGGAAAGGUGACAAAAGUAGAGUGUUGUUUGCAAGAAAAGUGACAAACGUAGAGCAUUGUUUGCAAGGAAGCUAACAGUAGUAGAGCAUUUUUUGCAAGAAAGGUGACAAAAAUGGAGCAUAGUUUACAAGGAAGGUAACAAAAGUAGAGCAUUAUUUAGAAGAAAGGUGACAAAAGUAGAGUAUUGUUUGCAACUGAGAUAAUUAGAUCAAUAUCAAAAGACAAAAACUGAAUUACUUGGGACACAUAAAAAGACACAACUGUUCUGAAAAAAUAAUUUUUUAGUGUCAUGAGGGGGGGGGGGGGGCACUCUUCUUGAGGAUGGACGUAGGACAUGACUUUAUCCCAAAUGUUACUCUUCUUUAAAUUUUUAAUUUAUUUUCAGUUUUAAGUUAUUAUUUCUUGUCUAUCACAUCUACAAAUACAUUUUAAACAAUUUUCCAGCCAUGCACAGAACAUUCCAGCGAGACUUAGCUCAACUUCGCCUCAAGGUGAUGAGAGAAUAUGUUAAAGUCUUGGACAACAGCUUAAAUCCGAUUUCCUCUGAUCCGAUGGAACCCCUCAAACUUAGUGCUCAUGUGAGUAACUAGGCUUUUAAGGACAAAGAGCUCUCAAUCUGAUAAUAAAUUCAUUAAGAUGGAACCUGAGAGGCUGCCAGACUGUUAAUGAAUUUUUAAUAUCGGUAUAUUUAUUUUUGAACAAAUCUUCUGUUUCUGAUCUAAAUCUUCUGCUACUGAUCCAAAUCUUCUGCUACUGAUCUAAAUCUUCUGCUACUGAUCCAAAUCUUCUGUUUCUGAUCCAAAUCUUCUGUUUCUGAUCUAAAUCUUCUGUUUCUGAUCCAAAUCUUCUGCUACUGAUCCAAAUCUUCUGUUUCUGAUCCAAAUCUUCUGCUACUGAUCCAAAUCUUCUGCUACUGAUCCAAAUCUUCUGCUACUGAUCCAAAUCUUCUGCUACUGAUCCAAAUCUUCUGCUACUGAUCCAAAUCUUCUGCUACUGAUCCAAAUCUUCUGCUACUGAUCAGGUUCAAGGUAUUGGACCCACUUUUAAGUUUACAGUAAAACUUCAGAACACGUCUCUGUCACAAGCAACAACCGAUCUACUGAUAACUUUUGACUUUGAUGACAAGUUGUAUAACUUUCAUAAGAGACUCAUCCAGGUCAGUGUGUGGCUGUACUUUUUUUAAUUUGUUAAUGAUAUUCCAUCCUCUAGGCGUUUAAUUCAACUUUUAUUAGUAGCAGCGCUUCUUUCAUCAGUUUUAAAAAAUAUUUUUUUGGUUUUAGACUUGAUUGGUGUAUAUGUUUUCGAGUUAAUGAGACAAAAGAUUUCUCUAUUAAUUAUUUUUAAAUAUUUUAUCACACAUUUACAAAGACUUUAAAACAAAGGGAAGAUUUGCCUCCCUUUAACAGUGUCUUUGUGAAUCACAAUAUGUGUAAGGAAUGAAAAAUAUUAAAAAAUAUGGUAAUUUAUUUACAAACUGCGGAUGGUGAAUGAAACCAUGGUACAUAGAAUUUAUGUUUACAAAAGUAAAAGCAAUUAUGACUUGUCUGAAGAAAAAUAUGCUCUCAAAUAAUUGUUCUGUAGGUUCCAAUGUUGGUUCCAGGACUAACCUACGACUUUGAUACUUUUGUGGACUGUCUCAAUGAUAAAGGAAUAACUGAUAAUGUCAAGGUCAGCUUGCUAUUCAUACAAUUUUAUGUUCCUCUUUUUUUUUUUUUAUUUGACAAAUAGAAUACUUUUGUGGACUGUCUCAAUGAUAAAGGAAUAGCUGAUCAUUUCAAGGUCAGCUUGCUAUUCAUACAAUUUUAUGUUCCUCUUUUUUUUAUAAAAAAUUGACAAAUAAAAAAUGGGAGGGUUGAAUUAGUGAGACUUAAAUAGCUGAUUUUUACUUUGUCACUAUUGGCUUAACUUUUAUACUGGCUAAUAUAAUCAGUUGUAUCUUUCAAUUUCAGGUGUAUGUUCUGAAACAAGGAAAGUCAGUACCUGUUCUUACUGGUGUUGUCAGCAUGCCAGUUAGUGAAAGUAUAGUGGUUGUAUAACUAAGAAAUUAAAUUACAAUGAUUGUAUUACUACAAAGUGAAGUACAAUGAUUGUGUAACUACAAAGUGAAAGUGUAAUGAUUGUGUAACUACAAAGUUUGUGUAACUACAAGGUGAAAGUGUAAUGAUUGUGUAACUACAAACUUAACCUACAAUCAUUGUUUAUCUACAAAUUGAAAUUAUAAUGAUUGUGUACCUACAAAGUUAACCUAUAAUGAUUGUGUAACUAAAAAGCCAACGUGAAGAUGGCCUUAAUAUCAAGAUUUUAAACAGUGAACACUUGACCUGGUUGAUUUUCCAGAAUUCUAUAUAAAUAUGAAGUAAUUUUUUGUGAUGAAAGUUUCAAACCGUCCAUAAUCUGUUUGCGCAACCUUUUCUUUUUAUGCUAUUUAUGUAUUGUAAAAAUAUGAGAAUUUUUUUGAUUGGAAUCAUUUCAUGAAUAAAUCCAAUUUCUCUAUUGUGAAAUUUAAUAAAAUAAUCAGGACUGCAGACGUCAACUACAAAAAUUAAAUUAGAAUUUAUGUUUAAGAUUUACUUCUUAGUCUAGUUUUAUUUAUUGUUUGUCUUAAAAUGCCAGUGGUACAGUUGAUAAUUCAAACAAUUUAUAUCUUUUAUUGUGUUUUUUUAGUCCAUUUGUCCAGGUUAAACUUGUUGUUGAAGUUCAGACAAACCAUUCCUAAUUCUUAUUCAAGUUUAUUGUUUUAAGCUUGAGUUGGCUGAUUACCAGGACUAUAUUUUACUUGUAGUAUUUUGAAAAUAAACGACUGCUUUUUGAUGUC